CUUUCUGGCUCCGACGCCCUUCACUCAUUUUGUUUUUCGGGAGUGCUGUCUUUCCACGGCUAGCUAUCCCUUUGCGGUAAUCAAGGAGGAAAAACAUCUUUCAAAUUGUGGAAUAACGUCACUCACCCUAGCGACGUAUUUUCUUAUUGAAAUGACCUAAAAACAAAUUUGAAGAACAUCUACAAUGACUGACUCAAAAUAUUUUACAACAAAUAAAAAAGGGGAGAUCUUUGAGCUGAAGGCAGAGCUGAACAAUGAGAAGAAAGAGAAGAGGAAGGAGGCAGUGAAGAAGGUCAUUGCGGCUAUGACUGUGGGCAAGGAUGUCAGCUCCCUCUUCCCAGAUGUGGUGAACUGCAUGCAGACUGACAACCUGGAGCUGAAAAAGCUGGUCUACCUGUACCUGAUGAACUACGCCAAGAGCCAGCCCGACAUGGCCAUCAUGGCUGUCAACAGCUUUGUCAAGGACUGUGAGGACCCUAACCCCCUGAUCCGUGCCCUGGCCGUGCGCACCAUGGGCUGCAUCCGCGUGGACAAGAUUACAGAGUACCUGUGUGAGCCGCUGAGGAAGUGUCUGAAGGACGAGGACCCAUACGUGAGAAAGACAGCAGCAGUGUGCGUGGCAAAGCUCCACGACAUCAACGCCCAGAUGGUGGAGGACCAGGGUUUCCUGGACUCCCUCAGGGAUCUCAUUGCCGACUCCAACCCUAUGGUGGUGGCCAACGCGGUGGCAGCUCUGUCUGAGAUUAGUGAGUCCCACCCCAACAGCAACCUGCUGGACCUCAACCCACAGAACAUCAACAAGCUGCUGACAGCCCUCAACGAGUGCACAGAGUGGGGCCAGAUCUUCAUCCUGGACUGCCUGUCCAACUACAACCCCAAAGAUGAGCGCGAGGCCCAGAGCAUCUGCGAGCGGGUCACGCCCCGUCUCUCCCACGCCAACUCGGCGGUGGUGCUGUCGGCUGUCAAGGUGCUGAUGAAGUUCCUGGAACUGCUGCCCAAGGAGUUGGACUACUACAACACCCUGCUGAAGAAGUUGUCCCCCCCACUGGUCACCCUUCUCUCUGGGGAGCCAGAGGUCCAGUAUGUGGCCCUCAGGAAUAUCAACCUCAUCGUCCAGAAAAGGCCUGAGAUCCUUAAGCAGGAGAUCAAGGUGUUCUUUGUCAAGUACAAUGACCCCAUCUACGUCAAACUGGAGAAACUGGACAUCAUGAUUCGCCUGGCCUCCCAGGCCAACAUAGCUCAGGUUUUGGCUGAGCUGAAGGAGUAUGCCACCGAGGUAGACGUUGACUUUGUGCGUAAGGCAGUGAGGGCCAUCGGGCGCUGUGCCAUCAAAGUGGAGCAAUCUGCUGAGCGCUGUGUGAGCACCCUGCUGGACCUCAUCCAGACCAAGGUCAACUAUGUGGUGCAGGAGGCCAUCGUGGUCAUCAGGGACAUCUUCCGCAAAUAUCCCAACAAGUAUGAAAGCAUCAUCGCCACACUGUGUGAGAACCUGGAUUCUCUGGACGAGCCGGAUGCGCGUGCCGCCAUGAUCUGGAUCGUGGGCGAGUACGCUGAGAGGAUCGACAAUGCCGACGAGCUGCUGGAGAGCUUCCUGGAGGGCUUCCAUGACGAGAGCACGCAGGUCCAGCUCACUCUUCUCACAGCCAUCGUCAAGCUUUUCCUCAAGAAGCCCUCUGAGACUCAGGAGCUGGUGCAGCAGGUCCUCAGUCUGGCCACACAGGACUCCGACAACCCUGAUCUGCGUGACAGGGGUUACAUCUACUGGCGCCUGCUGUCCACCGAUCCGGUAACGGCCAAGGAGGUGGUCUUGUCUGAAAAGCCUCUGAUCUCGGAAGAGACAGACCUGAUUGAGCCCACCCUGCUGGACGAGCUCAUUUGCCACAUUGGCUCCCUGGCCUCCGUCUACCACAAGCCCCCCAACGCCUUCGUGGAGGGCAGCCACGGCAUCCAUCGCAAGCACCUGCCCAUCCAGCACGGCAGCAUUGACACAGGCGAGAGCCCUGUGAGCGCAGGGCCAGCGGUCCCUAUUGAACAGGCCCAGUCAGUCAUCCCCUCCCAGGGAGACCUGCUGGGAGACCUGCUCAACCUGGGUCCCCCCGUCAAUGUGCCCCAGGUCUCCUCCAUGCAGAUGGGCGCUGUCGACUUGCUGGGCGGAGGCCUCGACAGCCUGCUCGGGGGAGACCUGGGAGGAGGUGUUGGGGGAAGUCCAGCAGUGGGACAGAACUUUAUUCCCUCGUCAGUUCCCAACACGUUCGCCCCAUCGCCGACUCCUGCAGCGCUCAGCAGCGGCCUCAACGACCUGUUUGAGCUCUCCACAGGCAUGGCCAUCACCACAGGAGGCUAUGUUACCCCCAAAUCUGUAUGGCUGCCUGCAGUGAAAGCUAAAGGACUGGAGAUCUCAGGCACAUUCUCCCGCCGACAGGGCCAAAUGUACAUGGACAUGACCUUCACCAACAAGGCCUUGCAGCACAUGACCGACUUCGCUAUCCAGUUCAACAAGAACAGUUUCGGAGUGAUCCCCACCACCCCUCUGCCCAUCCACAAUCCACUGAUGCCCAGCCAGAGUAUUGAAGUUUCCCUGCCUCUCAACACCAUUGGGCCAGUCAUGAAGAUGGACCCACUGAACAACCUACAGGUGGCUGUGAAGAACAACAUUGACGUUUUCUACUUCAGCGGGCUAAUCCCACUCAACAUCUUCUUCGUGGAGGAUGGCAAAAUGGAGCGACAGGUGUUCUUGGCCACCUGGAAAGACAUCCCCAAUGAGAACGAGCUGCAGUACCAGAUUAAGGAGUGCCACUUAAAUGCAGACACGGUGUCGGGGAAGCUGCAGAACGACAACAUCUACACCAUCGCCAAGAGGAAUGUGGAGGGCCAGGAUAUGCUCUACCAGUCCCUCAAGCUCACCAACGGCAUCUGGAUCCUGGCUGAGCUCCGCAUCCAACCCGGCAACCCCAACUACACACUGUCCUUGAAGUGCCGGGCUCCUGAGGUGACCCAGUAUGUCUACCAGGUGUACGACUCAGUCCUGAAGAACUGAACUCUCUCUGUCCACUCACCACCCUCCACUCCACACCUCUCUCCAAGAACAAACAGCAGCUGUUAGCAUUCUAGUCAUGCAUUAUUCCUCUCCACCAUCCUUACCUCCAUGGGAGAAUGUGACAUCCCCAGUCCAUCCUUAACUAAAUGUCUUAAUGUCGUAAAACGUGGUUGAUGGUGAAGCUCUCCAAAAAAGAAGAAACCUUUCAUAUUCACUAAGCCAUCGCCCCACCUCUUUGUACUGUAUUUCCAAUAUUGAAAAGUGUAAUAUCAUAUAUGUUUUUGUGUCUAUUCUUUUUAAUGCUUUUUAUUCUUCCGUGGUACUUUUCCUACUUGCCCAACCAUACUCGAUUGAGUGCCAUCUACCAGGCCUUGCAGGAGCCGAAGUUGCCAGUUCAACCAGUUGCUAAGUCUCCAUGAUGCAACAAGUACCAUUCUGAGCCAAUAUGGCAGUGGUGAGAGCAGAGCCAGGGAACAUGAAAUAGAUUUUAAUGCAUUAGUGGAUUUCAUUCUGUUCUCGUUUUAGUAACCACUAUUUAUGGUAGCUAUUAUUAUGUUUGCUCCCAUCUGCCAUUCCUUUUUUACUGGUAUUUGCAGGCAGCUGAUCAUUUCAUGCUUCUCAUCCCUUUUCUGAUUGCUCGAUCUGCCACAACAAUCAAACACCACUAUAGCCAUUCCUAGAUUUCCAAUAAUCCAUGUCCCUUUGCUGGUUUUGUGGUGCAGUAUUAAUGAAUAUGCCAAUUGCGAGUGUGGAAUGAGUUGUCCAUUCUGUACUGCUGUUCUCAUGUUACAUUGAUUCCAAUGAGAUAGUAUGCAUUAUUCUUUAAUUGUAAGAUUGUUAUUGAUAUUCCAUUUGCAGCUGUUCAUCUAAACAGAACUAAACCCCAAACCCAGGGUCAAUAUCAGUUGAUAUUUUGCUUAGUAGGGAACAACCCCAUACUGUCAUCAAUGACAUGCCUAGUGUAUGUAUUUGUGUUAUUGUGCUGUUAAAACCACCUCCCUGGCAUUGCUUUAUCCUGAACAUGGAGGAUAUGUAGUGCUUGCAGCCCACCUAAAGGACCAGGGUCACCCCUCUAUGAUUAUACUGUGCAGUGACCUGGUAUAGUUUGUAGACAUGAAGUUCUGUACAACUAAUGAAAGAUUAUUAUAUUACUACCAGAAUAAGUGUGCUUGAAAUCCAUAACAGAAAAACAGUGGCACUAUAUUCCAGUUAUGUACCAAGUCCUCAUGUGGAAAGUGAUCUAAAUAAGUUUUAUUUAUAAAUGUAUACAAACUGAUGGGAUUUUAAUAUGCCAUAUCUCUAUGGCCAUUGUUGUUAUACCUCUGCUAGUUGAGCUCAAACAUUUUAAUCAUUUUAUUUAAGCCAAUGUAAAAAGCAGUCUCAAGGGUACCAAUUGUGUUUGUGACUUUGGCUUCUUAAUUGUAUUGUUGCCAUACAUGCUGAUGUGCCUGUGAACCUGCAAUAGAAGCAGUGUCUAAUGCGCCCAAGAAAUCUUAGCGGUCUGUUUUCUUCACUCUCAAAACGACACUUAGCUACAUGGGAAGGUCUGAUCUUUGGCCACAGUUUGAUUGUAUGUGUCCCCAGCAAGAUGUUGGGUAACACUUUUUUUGGAUAGUCUGUAGAGCAUCUAGAUGGACUAUCUACUAACCCUAGCUCUGACCCUAAACUUAACCCUUACCCUAACACUUAUUCUAAACCAAACCGUAACCUGGUAGUAUGACCAGAUGUUAUUAUAAAGGCGUAUUUGGUUCUGGCUUUCCCACCCAGAACUAAGUGUGAGAAAAAUGUUUCAUGUACCUUCUCAUAAGCCCAGCAACCAGGAAUAGGCCUACAGAACAGCUGUAGGAGGAAAUAAUGUGACAACUGAAAUGACCAUUUUUUUUAGCCUUCUCCUCAAGCUAGCCUGUUGAUCCUGCAUCACUCCUCAUCCUCAACUUGUCACUGUAUCCGCUCUUAUUUCAAUAAAAUAUCUGUUAUAAACUUA